GCCGUUCAUUGUGCUUCGCCGGUGCCGCCUCCCGCUGCCGCUGCCGGCCACGGCGGGGGGGGAGCCCGCUCCUGCUCCCGUUCCGCUCCGGCCCCCUAGCAUUGGCCCGGGGCGGCCCUGCUCCUGCAUCAGCUUGGGGGGCUGCCCUGCAGCCGGGGGCGGCCCUGCGCCUAUUCCUGAAGAGCGCUACUGUGCACCGAACCCUGCUGCACCCGUCCCGGUGGGGGGGGGUCUGUCCUGGCCCGAGGGUGGCUCAGCACCCGUUCCGAGUGGGCUGCGCUGCACGGGGAGGAGCGGCGUGGCUCGGCACCUAUCCCUGAGCGUGGCCGCUUUGCGUCCGACCGCGCUGCACCCAUUCCGGGGAGCUGCCCCGCACCGGGUGGGCGGCCGGCACCCAUCUCUGGAGGGAGGGGGCUGCCCUGCACCCAUCCCUUGGGGUGCUGCACCGCGCCGGGGGCGGCCCAGCACCUCCCCCCGGGUGUGCGGGGGCUGCACCCUACCCAGCCCCGCUAUCCCCGUCGUGGGGCGGCCGGGAGCUGCCGGCUUUCUACCAUCGCCGGUGACCGGCUCCUGGUUCCCGCCUCGUUUCAUGAUCGUGGAGAGGGAGGAAAAAUCCCAAACCAGCUGCGUAAAUGAGUAUGGAAGAUUAUGAUUUCCUCUUCAAAAUUGUUUUAAUCGGCAACGCCGGUGUGGGGAAGACCUGCUUAGUCCGUCGCUUCACUCAGGGGCUUUUCCCACCAGGUCAAGGAGCCACGAUUGGGGUUGAUUUCAUGAUCAAAACUGUGGAGAUAAAUGGUGAAAAAGUAAAGCUGCAGAUCUGGGACACAGCAGGACAAGAACGAUUCCGAUCCAUCACACAGAGUUACUAUCGCAGUGCUAACGCGUUAAUCUUGACCUACGACAUCACCUGCGAGGAAUCAUUCCGGUGCCUCCCUGAGUGGCUGCGAGAAAUUGAGCAGUAUGCCAGCAAUAAGGUCAUAACCGUGCUAGUGGGUAAUAAGAUUGAUUUAGCUGAUAAGAGAGAAGUCUCCCAGCAAAGAGCUGCAGAAUUUUCCGAAGCACAGGACAUGUACUAUCUGGAAACCUCGGCAAAAGAGUCAGAUAAUGUGGAAAAACUCUUCCUGGACUUGGCCUGCCGGUUGAUCAGUGAGGCACGACAGAACACCCUUGUGAACAAUGUCUCAUCCCCCUUACCAGGAGAGGGGAAAAGUAUCAGCUAUUUGACUUGCUGUAAUUUUAAUUAAAGAGCUGGCACGUGAUUUCCCUUCCACCAUGGGCCAAGAGGAUUCUUUUUUUUUUUUUUUUUUUUUUUUUUCUUCUUCUGUCUUCUGGGAUAUACCUACAUGAAGGGAAUUGCUGCCACUUUGCCCCAUCUGACUUACCCUGAGGUUGCAGACCUGAAAGCAUGGGAGGCUGACAGCUCCAGCUGCAUGGCAACAUAGCAGAAAGUAACAUGGUUUAAAUUUCAUUUUUCUUGCAGUCUCUGGAAUGCAUUAGGAAAAGAAGAGUAGCACAAGUGCUUCAUGUAAUGCAGAACCUGAGCUAUUACAUUUCUUUCUAUGGGAGACUAGAGCCAUCUCUCUCGAAGAUAAUUGAAGAAAUCAGAAUCUGUCUUACAAAACAAUGUUCUUGGUCCUUUUUAAAAUAAAAAAUAAGAAACCCCCCAACAAUAAACACUGACCCUGGACUACACUGGCAAUCCUCUGGGCUGCCAGCAAGUGAGCUCUUAGGACAUGUACAUAGCGGCUUCAUGGAGGACUCUGGUGUUUGAAAUAGUGUUAUGUCUCUCAUCUACAGGCACUUUCAUGAACCUGGAAUUGAAAAAAGUUACAUAUAUCAACAUUUUCAAGAUUUAAGAAGACAUGGAUACAGCUCAGUUGCUCCCUUUGGUGCUAGCAGUUCAGCAAAUAUUCCAUAGACCAAACGCAGUCUUACUACAUUACUGUCCUUUGAAUGUGUAACUUAAACUGGUUAGGAAAAAACACUAAUAAGCACUGUUCAUAAAAAUAAAUAAAUCUUGUUACCUCUUUUUCUAGGCCUGAGUGUAGUGGGAAAGAAAGGACUGUGCUGCUUUGAUAUCUAACACAGGAUGAAAAGACUUUCCAGAAAUUAAAAAAAAAAAAAAAAAAAAAAAAAGAAGGAAAUUAACCAUUUCUCUUCUAAUUGGUAAUGCCCUAACGUGAAAAAUUAGCUGUGGGAAAGGUUUUUGGUGGAGUUGGAAAAAGCGCACCUGAUGUGACCAAAAUCUCGUGCGUGAAUGGAUUGUGCAUAAGGAAUUCAAAGAGGGGCACAGUUUGAAGUGGCAGUCUGCAGUAUGUCUGGCUUAAAAAAUGAAGUUCGUAGAUACAGUUCUCAUUGAAAGGCAGGCAUACAAUUUGCAGAGGGGCUUUUUAUGCUAAUUGGAAAUAGUGACGGGUUGCAAGGUGGUAUCGUUCUGUGUCUGACCCAUCUAGCACUCACCUUGUGGAACUGCUCUCCAAGACGCUCUUGAAGGUAUCUUCCUGGCAUCCAGUCUCUUUGCUAGAGUAGCUUUCAGUAGGUUCAGGGCUUAGAGUCAUCUAAUUUACUUGAUGCUUUGUACUCUUAAUCCCAGACUCCAGUGUAUGUGUUCAGGCAAUUUCUUUUGUGACAAAGGCCUCUGAAGUGGAAGCACUAUGGAGUUUGCAAUGUUAUCCCACCUGUAGUGCCAUAUGCAAAUAAUGCAUUGCAAAUUAACACAUUGGUGUUAAAGGGAAAUUGGAAGAUAGGGAAUAUGCACAUGAGAAAUGAUAUUUAGAAGUUUGAGCUCCGUUUAGCUAAUCCAGAUAAAUCUCUCCUGGCAAUUACAUGGCUGUGAAAUGCUGUAAUUUAAUCAACUUAAAAUUAUUUGGCUUUGACUGAAGAUUAUAACAGAGUCUUUGUAUUGACGUAAAAAGCUGCCAGUAAGUACUUCUUGAAAAGAAUAACAAUUAAAAAAAAAAAGCGCAAGCAUUUUAAAAUGCAUUUUCAUAUUUUCCUGGAAAGACUUCUUUGGGCUGUAUCAUGUUGUGCCUUUGAUCUGUAAUGGGGAGACAACUCUGCGUUAAAGAGAGGAGGGGAUCAGUCUGUCAUGGCCAUUUUUAAUAUUUUCUUGCUAUUUUUUAGGUCACUUUCUUCUUUUAUGACUAGUGGUAAAAAGGAAGAUGUGGAAGGUGUGGUAGGAGGCUUGUUUGUCAUUUAGGCAACAUUGAGCAAAGAGGUUCUCUUAGAUGACAUGUACCCCAACAUCUCACACUUAUCUGCUGUGCUGGCCUGGUCCUUUUCAGUCUCUGCUCCUGGUGUCAUCCAGGGAUUUAGAAAUGUGUGGGACUCGGUGGCUUCUGCUGUGCCGGACUGUGGGGUACAGCCUGUGCUGAAGGGCAGCAUCUUGCUUGAGCGUUCCUCGGCUUCCUUGAGCAUUCCUUGUCUUUCUUGAGCAUUCCCCAGAUUGCCAAAUGCAGCCUCACUUGAGCUUGUGAAGACCACCCAACUCUGGGACUGCUGGUUCUGCACAGCUUUUAGAUCGUUGUUUAGAGCAAAGCUCAGCGUGUUACGUAUAAGGUGACACUCAAGUUAAAUCAAUGCUAUGUAUAUUUAAUCUGUAAAAGCUCUUACUCUCCAGAUGCUGGACUUGUCAGUAUAUAAUUGAUAAUGAAUAGGGCAGGGCUGUUUGAGCAAAUUAGUCAAGGAGGAGAGAGACUAAAACACCGGUGGGUUCCUCAGCCUGAUUUCCAAAAGCAUCAAAGCUGAGCAGGCACUUUUCAUUCCUGCUGAGUACAACUAUAAAGUCAUUUUAAAGUGCUCCUUGCAUCACUUCUGGAGAUUGAGCUCUAAUGCAUUGUCACGACUGAACAAGCUGAACCGGUCGAAUAGCCGAAACUACCAAGUUUUUAUUUUCUUGGGUAUUCAUUUUGAGGUUUCUAGAAGGCUAAGUUUCUUCUCCCAGUGUUUUCCUAACAUGUAGGUGACUAUUUUGGAGACUAGCUGCCUUCCUUGAAGUAUUGCUUCUUUUUAUUGCUGGCAGAUCUUCUCCCUGUAAGGACUCCACCUCGAGGCAGUGGGGUGGCGUGCUGCAGCUGGGCUGGUGUUCAAGUAAAGUGUCUGACUUCUCCAGGGACAAAUCUGAAGUGAUUCCUCUCAAGGUUGAUUCUUGUGGACUUAAAGUUGAAAAGAACAACGGUGGUAGGUGCAACGUUUUUUACGGUCAUAAGCCAAAGCUGUAGUUUUGAAACUAGCCUCUUUUUCUGCAGUUAACACACACACUACCUGUUAAAGAAGUAAUAUUUUGCUGUUGUAAUUCAUUACAGGAUUUAUUUUUGUACAACUUUGAAUAUCUCUCUAGUGCAUGCAACCCACCUUUCCUUGUAGCACUGAGGGCUUACCUUCUCUUCUACAGUCUGGUCCACUGCUGAAGGCUUCCCAUCUAGAAGAGGGGCUUUAUCAGCUGCUGAUAACAACUCAAUGCUGUGGAAUAGGUUUCAAAGUCCUGAAAAAUAAAAGGAGAUAAAAUACAAAUCUCCAUUACCUGACAAUCAGCACUCCAACUAUGGCCAGCACCUUGCUAGAUGAGUGGAUUUUGAGAGAACUGUCAGUAAAAGCCUUGUGAUUCUUGCUGGCUCAAGUGUCCAAAAGCCAUGCAGAAUUGACUAUAAUGGGGCCAAACUUGACUGGACAUGUUCUCUACUAUCAAGAGAGCAAAGCAUUGCUUUUAGUGCGAUUGCUAGAUUUGGGUGUGUUUUCAGGGUGAUAUAUUCACAGCCAUGGACUAGCUCCAAGCAGAAGGCAAUAUUGCAUGGUCGACAGAUGUUGGCUUUAUAUAACAAACCUGUUUGCAGAGGUAAGUAAAAGCAUCUCCUGCAAACUGAGUGAUCUACACUCUGUUUUCUGGUUCAGCCACUGACUCAUGCUGAUUUUGGGUAAACCACCAAAUGUUCUGUACUUCAGAUGUGAAGUACUUGCUGGUAUUUUGCAUUGGGUAUUUACACUGCGGGUUUGCUGGGACAAGCCGUGACUUUGUUCUGUUCCUAUUUGUGUUCCCCGUGAGAGACCGAGUGCUAGGGGGGGAAGAGCAGCCCUUCAGGUCAAAGAGUUAUGAUGGGGAAAAUGAAAUCGGGGACACUGUGUGCCUCUUCCUACCUCUAAUACUGAAGUCCUGAUUUGAUCUACCGGUAAGUUGUUUGAGUGUGCAGUCAGAUACCUGUUUGUGCUGGAAUGCUAACUGGCUUUGCCAUCAUUGCUUAAUGAAAACCGCACGUGACAAGUUGUCAGGCAAGAUCCUUUGUUCUCUGCCGUAGAACACAUGGAAACAGCCCUUAAAAUCUGUCAGCCUGAUGGUGCUGUUUGUCUUUGGAAAUAGCUAUAUUGGUAACAGUUGGCUCCCGCUAGUCUAGGUUUAGCGGUUUAAUGGCUAUUGAAUUCCUUCAGCAUCGGUAAUAGCAGCAGGCUGAGGCUGACACAGGAGACAGUGAUUUGAAGAGAGAGAAAGUUGAAAGCAGUGAUGCAGAAGCAUGGUGGGUGCGCGCACAUGGGACGUCAGGCUUCCCCGACCUUUUGCUGACAAGGGAUGCAAUUAGCUAUAGUCAAACCCACUGGGGUUUGCCUCAUUCGUUGUCCCAGAGGACUGCUGUUUGUUCAGCUGCUUUUCCACUUGUCUUCUCCGUGCAGUAUGAAGACCUGUCUAUAAAUUAGGCUGAGAUGUUGAGCUGGCAUGAUUUCUGUAGUCAGAGGCUGAAUUCAGCUGGAAAAUAGGUGAAAUUCUCCAGCUAUUAAAACAGCCUGAGCAAACAUGCAGGACACGCGUGUUUGGGGACCUGUGGUGCCAUUGGGGUCGGAGGUGGCUGGAGACAGCGUCACAGAAACUCUCUCCUGGUUGUGGGGCAGACAGAGUGCUAACAGCCCUUCGUGCCAUGGGAGAGAUGGCUGUGCUGGGGGAGAGAUGGCUGUGUGGGGCAGAAAGUGCAAAAGAAAGAGAUGGUUUUACUCAGGAUUUUCUCAGUCCCAUCGUCUUUAAAAACUGCAUCUAUGAUUUUGGUUUUGUUUGCUCUGGACUUUAAGGGAUGCUUUGAAUUUGUUUCAUCUGAAAUCGUUCUGUAUUCUUUUGCUUUCAAUAUCAAAGCACCUGAUUUCCUCAUACAGGGUGCUUCCACCAACAGACCUUUUUGAGUUAAUUCUGCUAGUGUCUUCUAGAAAUACCUUUUUCUUUGUGAAUUCCUAGUGAGCAAACAUGGAAGCUCUCUGAAACGUUGAUGUAUGUAAGGGCUCACCAGAAAACCCGCUGGAGCUGAAGGAAAUACUCUAAUCAAUCCUGGUAGUGAAAAACCUGUGAAAGGUGUUAUAUCAAAAUGUGUUUUUCCUCUGUUCACAAACUUAAUUUGCUUCUCUGAACAAAUUUGGCUCUGGACACCAUCCUUUAUCUUUGCAUUGAGUCUGUCCUCUUGUUGUUGUGGGUAAUAAUUGUUGCAGUUACUGUUCACAAGGAGCAGAGGAUCAUCAUUUUGAAGGACAGUCUUGUCUUGUGAUGAUGAGUGGUGGGGGAACACUUACCUGAUUUCCUACAAGCGACUAGCGCAUCCUAAGCAAAGCAACUGGAGCUUACCAUGUCUUUGAAAUGGGAUCAUCCACCCGAGCUGUAGUUAAAUGUACCGUAAAGGUUACAGCUCUCACAUCGGCCUCAGUUCAGGAUUUAUCUUGGCUAGAGCAAUAGACAACAGGGUAAUCACCCUGACCGUGAUGUCAGGCUCCCAAAGUAGCCCACGGCGUUGCUCUGACUUACCUCGCUAAUUACCACCGCGCUGAACUGGCCCAAAGUUUCCUUUUGCGGGAUUGUACGAUCUCCAGCCAAGACAGAUUGCCAGCUGUCAUCACCCCUGGAUUCCAUCACACCCUUUCCCCUCAUGCAAAUGAGCUGUAACUUAAACCAGAAGUAAAAACUAUGCCAUGUGUGUUGAGGGUGUUGGUUUUUUCCCCAAGUGGGAGCCACAGAUCCAGCAAAACACCCCUCACCUCUAAUGCUUACCCCUCCAAAUACAGUCAGCAGGGUAACUGGGGAAAGCCAACUCGGGUAUAGCAGAAACUGAGAUGGAGUGUGAUUUAGGCUGAAAAUACUGUCAGUGAAAGAUUAGACUGGUUUUAAGACUAUAGCCGGUGUUAACAGCUCAGCUUGCCUGUCUGGAUAAGCAGGAGCUGGCUGUGCUGUGCUCGGAGAUGGUCUCUGUUUUCACAUUAAUAACUACCUGUUGGCACAUCCUGGAUAUGAUCACAUUUGCUUUGCUGUACCAGUUAUCCUUUUCCAGCAAGCUCACGGGAUAAUUUUAGCUCUGGUUAGUGCUCCAGUUAAACUCGAGAGGCAGAUGCCACCUUUACGUGUGCACCUUUGCUUUUUCUGCUGCUGCUUCUCUUCGGCCUCUUCCCAAGGCCGUGCGCGCUGGUGAGUGCCCUGUGGUGAUGUUCCUGCUGAGCAUCUCCUGGCGUCCAGCCCUGGUUCACAGGCACCUGACACAGCCAAAACCUGUGUCAGUCGUGGCUUUGGCUUUGCGUGGCUCCCUGGGGGAGAGGCAGUGCUAAAAGCAGGCUUUUGCAUUCAUGGGCCGUGAUCCAGGGCUCCAGUGUGUCUGGUGUCACGUGAAUGCAAACCUCGGAGCUUUUGAAAGCCUGAUUCCUCUGGUACUUUUCAUCCAUGAAUCUGCUUCUUCUGAGUGCUGCUCGUGCCUCAGGCACUGUGGAGGUCUCAGACUGGAAACUAUCCUGGUUGUGCAAUCCCAGUGGUUCUGGCUCCUGCUUUAGCUGGGAGGAAGAGCAUCCGUGGCUCAUCUCCCCUGCCACGUCGAGUUUCUUGCUAUGAACAUAAACCUAACUAAUUCCAUGAGCCUGUUCUCAGCCAGGGCAUCCUAUAAGGAAUGCUUCCCUUCAUUCAGAUGUUAAGAAAUGGUGGGGAUUUGGUGCAAGUGAGUAAAUCCCCAGUGAGCAGGUGGAUGCUGCUCUCCAUCCCGGGAGACUUGUGGCUGUGUGGAGGAGAGUCAUUCCGAGCUCUCACCUGGGGGGUGGUGGGAGUAUCUCUGAGGGUCUGGGUCACAUCACUGGCACAAGCUUUAGCAAAUGUAAUGGCUACAGUGUCCCCAGCAGCCAAGCCUUUGUGGAGAGGGAAGAGGAGCUGGUUUUGACAUUUUAAUGGAGUAAGAAUAAAAUGUUUGGUCUCUCGUGGGGAGAGCUGCUGCCGUUUCAGGUGCUGCCAUUGCCUCAGCUGCUCUUGCAGGCUGGAAGGAAGCCUUGCUGCUGGCCCCCAUGUACAGGGGAAAACCUGGCUCCUUAAGCCAGUGUUUUGGGUGGGACAAGGCCAUCUCAGGAAAGUAUGGAGGAAGCCCAGCGCUUGUUGCUAUGCCGAUUUGGAGUGACAAGUAUAUCUGGAUAUUAGAGAAGUGGUUUAAAAUGCGCCAUGGUUUUUAGUAUAAUAAGAUAUACUGCCGAGAUGUCACAUCCAUUUUACUCUCCACAGCUGUUUACAAAAGAAAAAAAAAAAAACCAACAAACACCCAACCCUGAGAUUGGAGCAGCUGCAGUCACUCAGCUGUCAAUAUGGGACAAGGCUUUUUCUGCUCCUCUUUUAUUUCCACUUCACUCUGUUCUGCUGCACAUAUUUGGCUGUUCUGUGAAUUUGCAGAUCAUGAGAUUAUUUUUUUCCCCCCAAACUGCCUUUGAUCUAUACAGAAAGACUCACCCAGCUCUCAUUUGAAUUCAUUAAUACUUUGAGUAAGCAUUUUAAUUUUAUGUUUACUGGCUUGUUUCCCUUUGUAAUACUAUCUAACUGACAAGCUCAUCGUGCUCUGCAUUACCUUUAGGUUUUUGAGUCUAAAACACUUCCUCUUUCCUGAAAGCUCUGAUCAUUUUCAGAGAUGUUACAAAGGCAUCUUCAUUUCCUCAGGAGAAAACCUGAAUUACUCUCAGCCUUGAUUACUAGCAAAUCAAUAUUGAAGCACGUAAAUUUUUUUUACAGCAUGAACAAAGUAGGUUUUAUGCCAUCAACUGUAGUUCGAAUUGUAGUUUUAAAACCUGCUUAAACACUAAAAGCAGCAUUUUGUUUGCAACUUCUGUGCCGGGGAAGUCGCAGCAUUGAAGGAAUUUCCUGGGUUGGAGUUUAUCUCGCAAAGGUCUGCUGUUUUUUCCCCAACAAUUGUGAAUUUAGCACAAUGUACAGAGUAUUAGCAAGACCCCUGAUUCCUAAACAUGUGGCUAGAAGGAUGAAGAGAGGAUGUGUUUCUUGUUGAUCAAGCACAACCAUUUCAGUGGAGAAAAUGCACUACAGCUGGUCAGACCAUUGAUCUUGAGUUGCUGGGGUAAUGCUGUCUUUGGGAAGAGUAUAGGUGUUAGCAAAUUGUCAAACUGUGAAUCAUUGACUGUCAGAAGCAUUUGGCUUGUCUGUUUUUUAAGUUCUUGUGGUCGUGUGCUACAAUGGGAUUGAGAAAGGAAUGUACUUUGGGUAACCAGGAUGAUGAAUGUAUGAUGCUUCAUGUUUGUUUGUAACGUCCUUUUUAUACUUAGAAAUUGCUUACAUAUGUAUCUGUAUGUAAAUAAAUGUUUAAUCCUUUCCA